AUGGGCGAAAGUCAAGACAACCUUUUCAACAUCUGGACCUAUGAUAAGGCUGGAAAGACAAAGAUCACUGAUCGCAUUGUCAUAGGGUCCAUUAAAGAGGAUGCGACCUUGGCGGACAUUCGAGCGUCGCUUGUUAAAAGCAAGCUCGACUCCAAAAAGGCCCUUUUUCCUUUUUGCACCAAGGAUGGCGCCCGCAUAGGGGAUGACUCCAAAUGGCAACUCUACAAGGAACUUACCGCUGGGGCCACUGAGAGCAGUGGAAAUGGAGACGACGAGAACCCCGCAGAAGAAGCUACCGAGAAAAACGACACCCCUGCUCUUAGUAUCGCCGCUUAUGAUGUGUAUUUUGAGCUUGACGAGGAAGAAACCAACCGAAAAUAUGGUGAACUCGGCGCCAACGUCCAGAAACUGCUUGAUACUCCGUUGAAUCUGGAGCUUGGCAAAGACAAGGUGAAUUUGCUCAAGGCGAACAUUGCGGACUUUAAAUUGGAAGGCUACGAUCAUGCACAGUGGAAGUCAAUUGCUAGUACUACUGAGCCAAUCUCCGCUGGCUCCCUAUCGGACGCUGAUUGGGACAUGGUUUGUCGAGCCACCCAUUUCUUAAAUGGCCAUCGAAUGGUUUUCUUGGACACCGCGGGCGGCCGAAGAAAGUUUCAAAGAAUCGAUAAAGCGCCAUAUCCUGCCUUUUCUAUCAAAGCGAGGAGCCUCGAAGAAAUGGGAAUGAGCGGCCCUAACGUCACACUUCCAACCGAAGAUCCGAUCUUAUACAAGUAUCCUUUGUACACUGUCACGGAUGACUCCUAUGUCAAUGUGUUUGAAACCGCCAAUGCACUUUCCAACAGCCUUGCAUCGAGCAACUUUUCAUCGAUGGAUAUCGAGGCUUCAAUUGGGGGAGGCCUUUUCGGCUACAGUGCUGCCGCCAAGGGUGGAUUCAGCAAAAGCGAGACUGACGCCCUUGCUACCAGCGAACAAAGCAAGCACAGAAGCAUGAACAUUACAUACAACUUUCCGAGAGUGGUUCUGCAUUUGGACAAUGACAGCUUGGAGCUGACCAAAAGCUGCAAAGAUGCCUUGGACAACAUUAUCAAGCUCAGAAGGGACCCGAAGGUGGCAAGUUGGCAAGAAAGGAAAGCUCUGAUCAAAUUUUAUCAGAAGUUUGGACACUUCUUUGCCACUAACGUAGAACUGGGUGGGAAAUUGUUUUCAAAGGAAGAAUUCAGUUCAUCAGAUGUUGCGAGAACGGCAGAGAUGACAAAUGCCAUGAAGAUUAGCGCGGCGUUGUCCUUUUCUUCUCCAGUUGUCCAGGCCUCUUUUAACUUUAGCAAGGAAACCCAGAGCGCGUCAAGUAGCUCCAGCCAGACCAGCAACAUGAGCAAAGCACUUUCUUGGGAAGCCGUGGGCGGUGAUACGACACUUUGCAACAAUCCUCCAGCCUGGAGCUCUACUGUCAAGCCCUUCAAGAACUGGAGAGUCAUUAACCAAAAGGACGUUAUGGCAAUUGCGGAGUUCAUUGGGACAUUCGAUGGAUAUGAAAAAAUCCCCGAAAUGUUCAAAAUGAUCAGCAAUGAGUCCGCCCAAAGAACGCCUUGUCGCUUCCUCCUGGAAGCGGACCCUGGCCAUGAUGGAAGUAUCAAGGGAAACCAGUACUAUGGCCUUCGCAAUGAUAAAGGUCUAACGAAAAAUGAGGGAAUGUUUGAUACGCUGAGGAAAUGGUGUCUAGAUGAAGAAAAAGUCGUCGCGAUCUAUGGCUCCGAUGACAUUAAUAAGUCAGCCGACAAUGCCAAGUAUAAAUUUCGACAGGAUACAUAUACAAAUGGCUGGCAUGAGUGGGUCGGAAUUGAUCCGCAAAGCGCGCGCACUGUAUCGGGCGGCUGUAUAUUUGAGCUCGACGUUGAGACACAGCUUGGGCGACCACCAAGGUUGACAUACAACACGCCAUACAAAUUGUACAACAAAGCGACCAGAAGUUACUUGGCCGCAGACGUUGGCCGGGAUGCGAGAAUUGGUGGCAGGACCAUGGGGCUUCUGUUUUACACCAGGUCCGACAAAAGAAUCGGGACCUUUAUGUUCCUGAAAGCGAACCAGCCCGGUGCUAGAGGCACAAUUGACGAGGGUGCCAAUGUCUCACUUCAUUUAUGCGACGACAAUGACGUUCCCAUCGGACAGGUAAAGCGCAAUGUAAACGACGCAUCAACGCUGGGCGUCGAGCUAAAUGAUUGCGAGCUACCAUUCCUCUUCACCACAAACAACUCAUAUAUGAGAUACGAUGAGAGUGACUAUUGA